AAAGUAUCGAUAGUUGCCCACUCAACGCCAACGAUCAACAUGCAGCCCUAUGAACAUCUAGAUCCACCAAGGACGUCACACCAGUUCUCGGCCUGCGCUCUCCUGCAUAAACUACUCUUGACGUUCUACAUGCACACUUCUAGACUGUCAUAGUAUUCUUAUACCCUUUGCUUUCAGCGUUCACUUCUAGCCAUGGGAAGACUGCUCCUUUCUUCUAGCCAGGUUGGCGUUAUCCUGUCGGCAACAAUUGUUCUUCUCUUCACACUUGCACUCUUCCUUUCCGGUUGGGUAUUACAACAACGAUACGUACACUCUCUGCAGGCGGCCAUAAAACCACGGUUACCCAAGCCUUUACCGCCUCCGAAACCGAUAGAACCCCCGACAUUAGACGCAAAAUGGGCGAGACCAAUGGGCGGCCGGCCAGAGGUGGACGAUACCUAUGCUCAAUACAUCGCAGGCCAGACAAUGGACUGGAGCAGGCUGGGCUAUGUGCAAGUCGUGAGGGAACACGUAGAACUAUGCAGUGCAGUAAUGCUACUCUCCGACCUGCAUAGAAUGAAGAGCCCCGCGAAGAGGAUAUUGAUGUUUCCGAAACUUUGGCUUGUGGAGUCAGAAGAUGAAAAAUAUGGACCGCAAAUGUCGACCACACGGCGAUUGCUGAGGACAGCAGCGAGGCGGUAUGGCGUCACUUUGAUGCCGAUGGAACCUAUAGUGGAAGGCGCAGAUGACACACUCCCCUCGUCCUAUUCGCUAGCAAGUCUAUACUCACUGGUAGACUACGAGCGCAUACUCUACCUCCAGGGCCCAGGCGUACUGCUCGAUGCAUCGGCUUUGGACUCAUUGCUGGCUUUCUCCAAGUCGGAACCCAUGGCCGCGUACCCCGCCACACCAGAACGAACAGACCUGUCGACAUCGCUUCUGAUGAUACAUCCAUCGCAGCAGAGCUUCAAUCAGCUGAGAGCAAUGCGCGCGUCGAAGCCAACAUCUGAUUUGAACAUGUUCCGGAAGACGUUUACGGUCCCAGACUCUUUGAUCUCAGAAUGGUCAUUGUCAAUGGGCAACGUCGUCUACGAGUCGCAGAAUCUGCGCAAUGUUGUCGACGAUUUCAAUGCGACGGCAUUCGAAAAGAUGACAACGUUCGUGAGACUGUCCGAUCCCGAGAUACCAGGACCGGAGUACGACGUCCCAUACUCUGAACGCGCUAAGCUACGACCGCAGAACGAACAAGCACAAGAGGCAUGGAGCAAACUCUACGAACGAUUCCGGCAGCGACGCAUGGAAGUGUGCGGCCUUGAUCUGGAGACGUACCAGCCGAUCAUGGUCUCUGGUGGGGCUGAUGAAACGAACGUGGUGGCUGAUGAACUAUGAAACGGCAAGGUUUUCUUUUGAUGAUGCAACGUAUGCGAUUUGGCUACUUUCGAGUGACGUUUAAAUAAUGAGGCUUCUCGGGUUGAUGGUACAGUACAUAGGGUCGG